AUGCGGCCGCGUCUGCUCGUUGUCCUCAUCAUCGCCGCCUCUGCCGCUCUCACCACCAUCUUGACUGCAAACCGCGCACACCAACUUGCAACUGACACGCUGCGCUAUACCUCUGAUGGCGUCGGCGAAGCCCACGUUGACCGCCCCAAGACACACUUUGUGAGGCUAAGGCCCGUCCUCGCCGCCCCCGUCGCCGGCCUCACCGCCGCGAGCUGGGACGAUCCGAAUCCAGCUCUGGGCAAAGUCCCUGGCCUGGAGAACAAGUACGCAGUGACAGGCGACGAUGACGGCAAGAACGGCGGCGCAACAUGGCUACUGAAGCCUGAGUGGCGCCCGCUGGGGGUCCUCUUCCCACCACCGACCCCGUCAACUGCUCGCUCUGCGGCCCGACUCCGGUUUGUGCCCGAGACGGCGGCGCCGGCGACGGGCGGUGCGCUCAAUGAGCUCCUUGUCGCAUCGCUGGCAAAUGCUCUUGGCUUUGGACACCUUGUCCCUGCCUCCUAUCUUGUGGCUGUCCAAGUCGAUGCGCUUGAGGAGACCGGCCUCAGCCCGCAGCUGCCGUCCUCGGCGCUGCUCGCAGACCGUUGGGCUUUGGCGGCAGCAUCCCGGUGGCGGACCGAUGUCGAGCCAGUUGAGCUUGGUCAUCUCUUUCUCUCAGCGGAUGAGGCGCGAGCACACAGGCAGUUUGCAACGCGCGCCCCAGAUGUGCAAUCCGAUCCGAAUGCGAUGGCCUGGACCGAGUUUUAUGCAACUGUACUCGCGCUGCACUUUCUUGUCGGCCAACGCGACGGCAAGCUCCUCCACGGCGAACAUGUGCUGGCGGUGGCCAACAACCCGGACUCGGCUCUGGUAGUCGAUCACACCCACACGUUUGAGUAUCGCCCGCCAUCGGCGCGUCUACGCGAUCCAGCGCUAGCUGCGCUGCGAGUUGUCGGCGGCGUGCCGGCCUCGGUCUGCCGCGCCCUGGAAGUCAUCACCGUUCCGCUCUGUGCCGUCCUAGCCAUCGAGCUUCCGGACGAGCUGGUGGCGCUUGCACCGGACCUCGAGCCAAUGCGACGAGCUUGA